GUAUGGAAAACUAUAUUACAAGCUUGAGCAUUAAAUAUAUAUACACUGCUUACUACCGAGAACUUAACUGAGAGCUUUCUAUCCUCCAAAAUUGACUCCCUCAAACGAAAUCAUGGGGAUCGAGGAGAACGAAGAGCGUGAAGAGAUCAAGUAUAGCGGAGUUAGAGCAAUGCCCUUUGUUAUAGGGAACGAGACAUUUGAGAAGCUGGGGACGAUUGGGACAGCAUCGAACCUCCUAGUCUAUCUGACCUCUGUGUUCAACAUGAAGAGCAUCACCGCCACAAACCUCGUCAACAUCUUCAACGGAACCAUCAACCUUGCCACCUUAGUUGGCGCUUUCCUCUGCGACACCUACUUCGGUCGCUACAAGACCCUAGGAUUUGCUUCCAUAUCAUCCUUCCUGGGAAUGCUUGUGCUCACGCUAACAGCUGCAAUAUCAAAACUUCACCCUCCCCAAUGUAGACCGGGCGAGACUGAAAAUUGCCCAGGACCAAGCACGUGGCAGAUGUUAUUUCUACUGAGCGGGUUUGGGUUUUUAGUCAUCGGGGGCGGCGGGAUUAGACCAUGCAACUUAGCCUUCGGGGCGGACCAGUUUAAUCCUAACACUAGCUCGGGCAAGAGAGGAAUCAGCAGCUUCUUCAAUUGGUACUACUUCACCUUCACUUUUGCGAUGAUGGUCUCCCUAACGGGAAUAGUCUACGUCCAGUCCGAUGUCAGCUGGGCCUGGGGGUUGGCUAUCCCUGCAUUCCUGAUGUUAAUUUCAUGCUCUCUCUUCUUCUUGGGCUCGAGAAUAUACGUGAAAAUCAAGCCUGAUGGUAGCCCGUUGACGGGAGUCCUCAGGGUUGGGGUUGCAGCAAUUAGGAAGAGGAAGUUAAAGUUGCCCUCCGGGGCGUCUCUCGGGCUCUUUAACCACAUCCAAAAGAGUUCCAUCAACGCUCAGCUCCCUCACACUGAUCAGUUCCGAUCUCUUGACAAAGCAGCGAUCAUAACUCCUGAUGACAAGUUCAAUGAAGACGGCUCAGCCGCUUCUCCUUGGAGGCUCUGCAGCAUUCAGCAACUCGAAGAAGUGAAGUGCCUCGUGCGGACGCUUCCAAUAUGGACCUCGGCAAUCAUUUAUUAUGUAACCUUAGUCCAACGGCAAACAUAUACCGUCUUCCAAGCCCUCCAAAUGGACCGUCGCCUAGGGCCAUCGUUCAAGAUCCCGGCUGCAUCGUAUACUAUGUUCUCAAUGGUCGCCCUCACAAUCUGGAUCCCGAUCUAUGACCAAAUAAUUGUCCCAGCACUGAGGAAGAUCACUGGAAAAGAAGGUGGGAUCACGGUCCUCCAGAAGAUGGGAAUCGGUGUGUUCCUAGCAAUUGUCACAAUGUCCGUGUCCGGUUUUGUCGAGGUACAGAGGAGGUCUCUGGCUCUUAAGAACCCAAUUGGUUUUGAUCCUAUACGAGGGUCGGUCUCCUCCCUGUCGGGGUUGUGGCUAGUGCCUCAGCUUGUGCUUGGGGGGCUAUCAGAGGCCUUCACGUUAAUAGCCCAAGUCGAGUUUUUCUACAAGCAAUUUCCGGAGAACAUGCGGAGCAUUGCUGGGUCCCUAGCAUUUGUGGGGAUCGCGGUUUCAAGUUAUUUGAGCAGCCUACUGAUCUUGAUCAUUCACCAUACCACGAAAGGGACCGAGACCGAGUGGUUGCCUCAGGAUCUUAACAAGGGGAGGUUGGACUACUUUUAUUACUUAGUUGCCGCAUUAGAGGCAGUUAACUUAGGUUACUUCAUCGUAUGUGCACGGUGGUACAAGUACAAAGGAAGCAGUGGGGGUAGGAUCAUUGAGGAAGUCGAUGUCGAGAAAGUUCAGACAGGAAAGGAACUUACUCCAUAACAAAAAGAAACAAAAAAAAAAGAUAAGGAAAGAAGAAUCGCGAAUUUGAAAUGUAAGGUUCUUUUCAGUUAUUUGGGAAAUAUGUUUUGCCAAAAGGUAUUUUCGAAAAACGCGAGUUAUUUUUUUGUAGUUUGCACCGUCAGUGAACAUUUGCAAAGUUGCUGCUGCCA